AUGGAAUAUGAAGAGUCUGUUGGAAUAAGAAACCAUUAUGAUCAGAACAAUGAAAGCUUGCCGGUGCCGGUGCCAGCCAAGAAGAACACAAAUGCCUUCAAAAAAGCCGCUGCCAGUGAAGUUCUUGAAACAUAUAGACCGACGUUGCAUUCAAAAGAAAAAGCUGGUAUGCAUAAAUUAACAUUAGUUAUUUAUAUUUCAAUUGUUUUCACUGUUAUAAACUCAAAAACACUAAUUAAAUUGAAACAUUAUAUACAGAUGCUUCCAUCUUUUACAAGGAGUUUUGGCAAGGAAUUUCGCAGUAAUAAAUUUGCUACACUUAGUUUUCCAAAUGGGUUUUCUGUGAGAGUUAGAUUGACAAAAAAAGACAACAAAAGAGCUUGUCUAGACAUUGCUAAACUGGUGGAACUUGGUUAUCUACAUAAAGGCUUCAUUCUGGGAUUCACAUACAAAGGUUUCUCGUUCUUUAAAGUUGCCGUAUUUGAUCCUUCUCAAGCUUUUCUUCAAAUUGAAUAUCCAUGCAACGUUACAAAAUCCAAUAAGCAACGUUUCAGUCAUAAGCAGACUCGGUUCUGUAACAAUGAGGAGACUGAUGAUGAUCAAGAAACUGAAUCUGAUAAUGAUGAUGAUCAAGAAACUACAGACGACGACGACGAUGAUGAUGAUAGUGAUCGAGAAACUACAUCUGAUGAUGAUGGUGGCGACGACGAAGAUCAAGAAACUACAGACGAUGAUAAAGAAGAUAGAAAGGAAUCUUUGAAAAGGAAAAACAAGUUUAAAUCUUCCAUGCAUCAAAGAAGUAACAAAGAUGGCAAAAGGGUUGAUGCUCGUGAUGAUUAUAGAUCACCAAAUAUGACAAGCAACCGCAAAAAGUCACAGAAAAAGUGCAAGAUAGAAGAAGAGGAAACGGAUUCAGAUGAAAAUGAAUCUUCAGCAUCCGAAACAGAAUCAGAAAUCGUAGUGACAAAAAACUUUGCAAGCAUCUACAGAAACUUGUCUCCAGAAAGCAAGAGGGCAGUGAAAGCAGCAAAAAAAUGCAAGCCAACAAGUCCUGCUUUCAUGGCUGUCCUAACGUCACAGACUAUCCGUGCCUUGUACAUACCGGCUGCAUUUUCCGACAAGUAUCUCCGCGCGAUUUCUAGAGAGGACGUCAAAAUUCAAAAAUCUUAUGGAAAGGAACGGCAAAAGGAGUGGUUAGUACGAGCAUUACGGAGAGAUUACGGGAUGAUUUUCACCGAAGGGUGGGGUCGCUUUUCGAAAGACAACAGUUUAUCCCUGGGAGAUGUAUGUGUUUUUGAGCUGAUCGAUUCCAAGAAUUUCGUGUUUAAAGCUUCGAUAUUUGAUGCUUAA